UGUUUGUCGAUGACGUGCUCAACCCAGCUCAAGGCCAUACGCGACAGGGAGAAGGAGAGGCUCAAGAAAGCGGCAGAAAAAGAAAAUAAAAAACAGCAUCGGCCGCGGUAGGAGGUGGAGAAGGAGGAGCGACAAGAGAAAGAGGAGCUAGAGAAGCAGCAGCAGCAGGAGCAGGAGGAGUUGAACUUGAGGCGGAGGACCCGGCGGUGGCGUGGACUGACCGCGGCAUUCCUGCCUUUGCGGGAACGGCGGACCACAAGAAAAGAAACCAGCGGUCGACGGUCAGCGCUGCUUCGCUGUCGGCGUCCGCGUGCUCGAUUUUGCCCUCUCUCGAUACCUUCAUGGACAGCCUCAACGAGAACGGAGAGCUCCCGCUGAGUGGUUUGAUGAAGACGUGCUUCAACAUGAUGUUCCCCGAGAAGGCAGUUGAUCUUUUCGUGCAAAAGACCAACAAGGCGUUCAUAUCGCGCGACUUGUUCGAGAUGUUGUACUGCCGUUUCAUCCACUGCUCGGACGGCAACGCUCCUCCUCGAUUGUUGGACGAGGACAACACCCCGAACCCAGACUUCGAUUCGAAGUGGCACAUCGGAGAGCUCGAAGACAUCUUGAACACCGCGUGGACGGAAAACAUGGACUUCAACCAGUGGCUUUGCUACGACGAGCAGAUGGUGAAGACUGUGUCGAGGUACGCGCACUUCCUCAUAAGACACCAGCCCAAGAAGCCCAUCACCCACGGCAUGAAGAUGCUCGCGAUCUGCGACGUCGAGGGAUAUUGUUUCGUCAGCAGCGUCGACGGUGGAUUUUCGGGGGAUCCCAAGCUAAGGGCCUGGUCUGACUGCCCUCUGGGCCUCUGGGACGGACCACUCGGCACGUUCUACAUGUCCUGCUCGGCGCCUACAAGGAGUUCAGUGAAAAGAUCGACGGUUCUGGCGUGCACAUCGCAAUGAACAAAUACUUCACAAGCCCGACACUGUUCGAGUGUCUUGCGAGCCACGACAUCUUCGCGG